AGAAGGGGCCGGGGGCACACCGGUUGCGCCCGCUGAGGAGAAGGGAGAGCGCGCCGACACCCCGUUGAGGAAGUGGCCGCGGCUGCGAGAGAAAACGAGGAAGCGACGGCACCCGCGGCGCUAAGCGCGGUUCCAGCCCUGCUCCGGGCUGUACCCUGAUCCGGCACGGCACGGCCCGGCACGGCGAAGCUGCCCGCCCGAGGGCUGCCUCCCUGACGGCUCUCUCCCAGCGGCAGAAGUAGCGGCAGCAGACGCCGGGCGGGAGGGGCGGCGCGGUGCGCAGAGACCAGAGGGGAGCGAUACAGAAUACUUUCGCUUCUUGGAAAAGAAAAAAUCAUGGCUUCCAGCACAGUGAACCCUGCUAACCAUUUGCCAUACUUCUUUGGCAAUAUUACACGUGAAGAAGCAGAAGAGUAUCUGAUGCAAGGAGGAGUGAGUGAUGGACUAUACUUGCUCCGCCAAAGCCGGAAUUACCUGGGUGGCUUUGCUUUAUCCUUGGCCCAUGGAAGGAAGGUUCAUCAUUAUACCAUCGAGAGGGACCUGAGUGGCUCAUAUGCAAUUGCAGGAGGCAAGUUGCAUGCCAGUCCUGCUGAACUCAUUAACUAUCACUCAGAAGCAGCAGAUGGCCUUAUCUGUCUGUUGAGAAAACCUUUCAACCGACCACCAGGCGUUGAACCCAAAACAGGACCCUUUGAAGAUUUAAAGGAGAACCUCAUCAGGGAGUAUGUCAAACAAACUUGGAAUUUGCAGGGGCAUGCUCUUGAACAAGCUAUCAUUAGUCAAAAGCCUCAGCUGGAGAAGUUGAUUGCCACUACAGCCCAUGAAAAGAUGCCAUGGUUCCAUGGGAGGAUCUCACGGGAAGAGUCAGAACACCGUAUCCUCAUUGGGCCAAGGAACAAUGGAAAAUUUCUUAUCCGAGAAAGAGACAGCAAUGGUUCCUAUGCCCUGUGUCUGCUGAAUGAUGGAAAAGUACUGCAUUACCGUAUUGACAGAGAUAAGACAGGGAAGCUCUCCAUACCGGAUGGGAAAAGAUUUGACACCCUCUGGCAGUUAGUUGAGCAUUAUUCAUACAAACCAGAUGGAUUAUUAAGGGUUCUUACCAUUCCCUGUCCGCUUGGCUCAGAAAAUGAUAACGUUGGUUUUCCUUUUCCUGGACCCCCUUCUAAGAGUUGGGCAGGAGGUGGAAUUAUCUCAAGACUCAAAUCGUACACCUUUCCAAAGGCUGGCAGCAAAAAGCUUCAGCCAACUACUAGCCACCCACCUGAUGAAGCACCUUUUAAUCCUUACGUACUGCAAAGGAAAAGAGGUCUUACAGGAGUGGAAAAAGGUGAUCAGAGAGAUGCCUUACCCAUGGAUACUGAGGUUUAUGAAAGUCCAUAUGCUGAUCCAGAUGAAAUGAAACCAAAAAAUGUCACUCUUGACAGAAAAUUGUUAACCUUGGAGGAAGGAGAACUUGGCUCAGGCAACUUUGGUACUGUAAAGAAAGGGUUCUAUAAGAUGAAAAAGGGUGCCAAGCCAGUGGCUGUAAAAAUUCUUAAGAAUGAGAGUAAUGAUCCAGCCAUAAAGGAUGAAUUACUGAGAGAAGCAAAUGUAAUGCAGCAACUGGAUAACCCAUAUAUUGUCCGAAUGAUAGGUAUAUGUGAAGCUGAGGCAUGGAUGUUAGUGAUGGAAAUGGCUGAACUUGGGCCAUUGAACAAAUUUUUGCAAAAAAAUAGACAUGUCACGGAGAAGAAUAUAACAGAGCUGGUACAUCAGGUUUCCAUGGGGAUGAAAUACCUGGAGGAGAGUAACUUUGUUCAUAGGGAUCUGGCUGCAAGGAAUGUGCUAUUAGUCACCCAACAUUAUGCCAAAAUUAGUGAUUUUGGGCUUUCUAAAGCUCUUAGUGCUGAUGAAAAUUAUUAUAAGGCACAAAGUCAUGGAAAAUGGCCAGUCAAGUGGUAUGCUCCAGAAUGCAUGAAUUUCUACAAAUUCUCUAGCAAAAGUGAUGUGUGGAGCUUUGGGGUUUUAAUGUGGGAAGCUUUCUCUUACGGGCAAAAACCAUAUAAGGGAAUGAAAGGUGGUGAAGUUGCACAGAUGAUUGAAAGAGGAGAACGAAUGGAACGUCCAGAAGUCUGUCCAACAGAAGUCUAUGAUCUAAUGAAAUUGUGUUGGACAUACAAUGUUGAUGACCGACCAGGAUUUGUUGCAGUCGAGCUGAGAUUACGUAACUACUAUUAUGACAUUUCCCACUAACGACACAAAGAACAGCAGUUUCCUUGCCUCCAGCCAGCAGCCUCUGAGAAGCAGUUCCCAAAACCAAGUGACUUUGAUUUUUUGUCCUGCCACUUUCACCCUGGAAAGCUCAGAGCUAAACCCUGUAUCUGUAGGGUUGCUUUUUCGUGCCUUCUACACAAUAUCCAGCCCUGAAAUAGUGUUAAAAGUGGAGAGGUGCCAAAGAAGCAGCAAGGACAUCAGAGAAGAUGUAUUUUUGCUACAUUCCAUUUCAUUUUAUUUACAGCUUUAUCGACAUUACAUUAUGCAGUCAUGUAAAACCUAUUUAAUGUCUUUCAGCCCUCUUCCUGUCAUGUGUUUGAUUGCGGAUUAGAAUUUAGAUUCUUGUCUUUAAUAUUCUUAGCCAUCAAAGGCAUAAAAGAGUGGUUCCAGCCUUCACCCUCCCCAAGGAAGAAUAGCAUAAACAUUUUUCACUGUGAAGGAAAUUCACUGUAAAAGUGUGUCAGUCGCUUUGACUGACAACAUGUUUGAUUUUAGCCCCAAGCCUACAACUUGUAUUCUUCUCAGUGGUAAUGUAAACAGAGGGGAAUUGGGAGAUGUGAAUUUCUAACAUCAUCUUCUCCUUUAAAUGUGACCAACUUCUUUUGUUCCUCAUCUCAUGUGGAAGCCCAGCUGUCCCUCAGGGAGUAAUUUUUUUCCUCAGGAAACCUGGGAACUCAGGUGCUUACUCUCAUCUUUCAGCAAAAAUUGUCAGACCUAAGACAAUGGUUCUGGGUUUUAACAUGAACACCAUCACUGCGUUCCUGAAACGACAGCUGUGACAGAGCAGCACCUUUCUUUCUCUGUGCUGUUUCAGUCUUCUUUAGAGGUACCUUCUCCAUGUAUCUCUUUGAGAAUCCCAAAACUCCUUGUGUUGUGUUUUGAGCAGCAAUUAUUUCUAUCUUUUUGAAACCUUUCUUGAAAAGCGUACGUGAGAAUUCACCACACCAUAUCUUCUCUAAAGCUAAAUUUUACCCCCAGCUCGGAUAUUUUUGAAACAGGAAUAUGGACGUCAAGUUUACUUUUGUCCACUCCUGAAUGUUGGUAUUUGUCCUGUUAGCAAUCCCUGUGAACAUCUCAGGAAAAGGUAUUUGUCUAAUCGCUCUUUUGUACUUCACCGUGCAUCUCCAUUAAUGUGCAAGUAUAGCAAUGGUAAUAACGAUAAUGUAAUGAACUUCUGAUUCCAUUUUUACCCUUAUUCUGUCUUUGUCAAAUCUCAUUUUAGGUAUUAUAAAUAAUCAAAAUUUCUAUCACUUAUUCCUCACAAGCAGCUACGUUACCGAUAUUCACAUAUAUCUCAGGAGUCUACAUGCAUUGCAUCUACUAGACAUGGAGAUUUUAAAUGUAUAUAAAGAAUAAGAUUUCAAGUUAACUAUAUAUAUGCAUAUGGCUGGUUAUAACAUAGGUGUUUAACUGUUGUGUGAACAGGGCGUUCUUAGAGAUGCAGUGAUAGUUUUUCUCUAGCAAAGAAACUAUGGGCAAUUACAGUGAGAAGGUGUGAAAUAAAUUUCUUAAGGAAAGACUAUAAGAAAUAUAGGAAUUACAGCAACUUUUUGCAAGUUUAUGGUCUAUUUUUUAAAAAAUACCUGGUGAUUUUUGUUAGUUUAAUCUCAGGUGUCCAAUGCAGGACACUUCAGAAACCACAUGCUACUGGAAGAUACUGAGUGCAAUAGACCAUGUUUCAAAUGUGACAAAAUGUGACUUAUUUUGAAUAUGAUCUAUUUUUUGUUUUGUUUUUAAGAAACAUUUAUUUACAAGAACAGCUUGUGUAGAAGUUAGCCAUAGUUAUAUGUAGGUGGUUUGUUGCUUUAAUCCUGUUGCAGCAAAAUUGUUAGCAGUACCUGUGCAAUUAAUAAAUCCAUGGGGAUAUUAGUUAUAAAAAAAUUGCACAAAUCUCUACUAUCCAAUGAGUGACAGUACUCAAUUUCCCUGAGAUAAUCUCUCUCUUAGAAAAUGGUAUCUGGUACAGGAAAUUUGGAGGAAUAUUUCUUCCCCUCUCUUCCGAGAGACUGUCACUUUCUGUUCUUACUUGAUUAUUUUUAACUUCACUCUUUAUGUAAUAAAAGUUUACAAUGAGAAUAUAAAGUAUUAUGAAAUAAAUAGAUUAGGUUUCAAAAUACAAAUUAAAGACUGUUUUCAAAA